AUCCCCCCCCCCCUUGAGCAGCAGGCUGGACUAGAUGACUUUGAGGUCUCUUCUAACUCGACUUUCCUAUGAUCCUACUCCUUGAUUGGACAUGGUCAAGAUAGGUCUUAGGCAAGUUUGUUAGGAGGAGUUGGCAGUAGCCAAGGUGGGAGGGGAGACACUUGAUGAAAGUUGUGAGGUUGGAGAGGCUUUUAAAUCUUGGAGUAGAUGGUAGUGUAUCACUUGAGCUUCUGCUGAAUGGAGACGGGAUAAGUCGAAAUUCCAAGAAUGACGACCAACUCAUUGGCAAAUGUCAGCAAAAAUAUAUGUAUGGCAGCUAAAUGAAGACUAAGCAAAACAUGAAAUCUCUUUUGUGGUUCAUCUGCUAUCUAAUGCUGUUUGUUUCUCCAUACUCAACUGAGGGAUGCAAGACCUGUCGUCAUUUUGUACUCAAAGGAGAGCCUGUUGCUAUCAGCUGUCCAACAUUUUACACUGACUACAAUCUGACUUGGUAUAGAAAUGGUAGUGAUAUACCAGUAAGCACAGAGAGGCAUUCCAGAGUUCAUCAGCGAGAGAACUUUCUUUGGUUUAUCCCUGCAAAUUUAGAAGAUUCAGGUUUUUAUGCAUGUAAUAUAAGGAAAGCUAACAGCUCUGACAAAAAAUAUGUACAACUAAGCGUUUUCAAGAAUGAUAAUGAUUUAUGCUUUAAUGAAACUACAAGGUUUGAUCAGAAAGUGUUUACCUUAACCGCUGGAAAGAUUACAUGUCCUCUUCUGGAGUAUUUUAAAGAUGAAAAUAACACUGCUUCUGAAAUACAAUGGUAUAAGGAAUGUAAGCCUGGAUUACUUGAAGAUACACGAUUUCAGCCUUUAAAGGGUGAACCCUAUCUUACUAUUAAAAACGUAACUCUACAAGAUAAAGGAAACUACACGUGCCUUACAACAUACAUGCAUAUGGGAAAAUUUUAUAAUGUUUCACGGACCAUUAAUCUGGAUGUUGAAGAAACUCCAGUGAAGAAAAAACCAGAGUUUAUUUAUCCAAACAACAACACUAUUAAAGUAGACUUUGGAUCUCACGUGGUCAUAGAUUGUAAUGUAUCAAGUGGCAUAGAUGGCUUGACUCCUUACUGGCAAGUCAAUAACAGUGAUGUUGAUAGUUUUGAUAACACAUACAAGGAAGAGUUCUAUGAGAAACAGUCUUCCCAUGGACUACUUAUAGCUGGAGCAAAAUUCAACAUCUCAAAAGUGACCAGUAAAGAUUACUUGUAUAAAUUUUUCUGUCACGUUUUUUAUCCCCAUGGACAUGCUACAGUAUACAUCAAACUAGAACACCCAGUUCCAAAUAUUCAUGGAUACCUGAUUGGAGGAGGAGUUUCAUUGGUAUUUGUAAUAGUUUUAGCUGUGCUUAUUUACAAGCUUUUCAAAAUUGACAUUGUGCUCUGGUACCGGAAAUCCUGUCAUAUUUUCCUGUUUAAAAAAGUUUCAGAUGGGAAGCUCUAUGAUGCAUAUGUUCUUUAUCCAAAAAAUCAAGUAAGCUGCAUCUACUCACCAGAUAUUUUUGCACUGAAGAUGCUGCCAGAAGUUUUAGAGAGGCAGUGUGGCUAUAAUCUCUUCAUAUUGGGAAGGGAUGAUUUACCAGGGGAAGCUGUGAUCAACGUGGUUGAUGAAACAAUCCACCGAAGUAGAAGAAUUAUAAUUGUUUUAAUACCAGAAUCAUCUUGUUACAAUGUGUUAGAAGAUACUUCAGAACAGCAACUGGCUGUGUAUAAUGCUCUUAUCCGUGAUGGAAUUAAAGUGAUUCUGAUUGAACUCAGUAAAAUAAAGGACUAUGCAAGCAUGCCGGAAUCCAUCAGAUACGUUAAGGAAAAACAUGGGGCCAUCCGAUGGAAAGGAGACUUUUCUGAGAGAUCUCAUUCAGCAAAUACAAAAUUCUGGAAAAAUGUACGAUACCAAAUGCCAUCCAGAGCAAAUAUAGCUUUCUCAGAACAACAUUUGUUACCAAAAACUUCUAGUUCUCCCCAAACACCAGUAUUGGAAAGAUGACACUAAUGUUCAAUUUCAAUGGCUCCUAGCAGUCUUAUUUUAAUGUUUUUAAAUGAAGGAUAUUUGUGUGUAUGUGUUUAUAUACAGGCCAUCUCAUUUGGAGGCUUUGAGGACUGAAGAUGUCUCAUUAUCUUCCUCUAAAGAUACAAAAUGGUGAUUGACUGGUUAUCCUUUCUUCUGACCAGAUCGGCAGAACGUGUUGAACCAUUAUAUCAAUAGUGCAGUGAUGACUGUAAUAAGCACAGCAGGACUUCUUGAAGAGAACAUUUUUGUAAAGGAAGAAAAUAUUGUUUGCAUUUUUAGAACAUCCACUCUGGAAAAUUUUAAAAAGGAUACACAUGAAGGAAAUUGUUUUAUAUCCAAACUUUUUAAUACCUGAAGCCAGUUGUUGUUUUGGUUGAAAUAAAAUGUUACAGUUGCUGCCACUUAUUAAUCACUGUCUCAUUUAGUCCAGUGCAACUUGAAUCUUUGUACUCCUCACAUCACUGUGAUAUUUUCCUAGGGGAGGAAGGAGAGAACACAAGAAAGGAACAUUGUGUUAGCCUAUUAAAGAAUGCUUUGCCCUCUUAACACACUCCCUUGCUCUUCAACUAGUUAGUCUCUAGAUCAGUGCUUGUAACAGCAGGUGAUGCAAGGUUACAAGGCUAUUUUUUUAUUAUAAAUUCCUUUUCAGUCUAAUGUUAAAAACAUUCUUGGUCAUUGCACAACAGUUAACAUUUUUUAGCAUUGGUAGAAUAUGCACUCGGAGCACUAAGGGGUAUGGGUGUUCUAAUGUACUUAUGCACUUUAAAAAUUGGGCAAAGUUUUUGCACAGACACAUCUCAGUUGGCCAAUUUUAAAAUUCACACAUGGCCUAGUUAGUAACAGUUGCCAUAUACAGUCAUUUUGAAAAUGAAACUCAGCUUCUAAAAUUCUAUACUGUGUCCCCCUAACCUUGGCUUUAAAAAAUAAAGUCAAAUUGUACAAAAUACAGUUGCUCAACUAUUGUGGUAUACAUGACCCUUAAUGUGUGGAUAGUGAUACAAGGUAAAAUCUAUGGAGCUGUACAAACAUACUCAUGCACAUUUCCAAAGUAAAGCAGGUGGGAUUUCCUCUUUGGCUUUUGAAAAGUAAAAAUCUAAAUGCCACAUUAUUUUAUUUGCAUCUGUUGAACAGGGAGAUGGAAAGGUAAAAUGUGGGAAAUUUGACUAAAAUUUAUAUUUAAAAUACAUACUUCAAAUUAUCAAAUUUACCACUAUGGAAUUUUUGAGGUCCGCUUUUAAGUACUGUAAAUGGACGUUGCACUUGGAAGGUCAGAUAUUUUCAUAAUACAGAAGACUAAAUUCUGACACUCAAAAUCUGACUUUUUAAAUUGUUUACAAUUACUACUUAAAAGGUAUUUAAUUCAGCCUAGGUAAUCGAUGGAUUUUUAGAAAAAAUAUUUUCAUAGACUGGAUAUAGUAUAAUCAGUAUGAGAUACCUUGUGUCAAAGAUGUGAUGUUGCUGAUUAUAUUUUGUGGAUGAUUUGGAUGCAAGUUUUAUAGAAAAUGCCUUGGUGUCUUUUCUGAAUUUUCUGAAUAUGUAAACUUGCUUCUUUUGCAGACUAAUGUAUAUAUGAAAUAUUAUUUUUUCAUUUUGGCUAAUACAAUUUUCCUCAUUCAUUUGAGUAAUUGUGA